GUAGUUGUUGCACCGGUAAGCCUAACUUUGUGAAAUGAUACUGAAAGUAAAUCCUAUUUACUGAUUUUUAGUUCGAAGAAAAAAAUAUGAACGUUGAAACAAAAACGAGCAUGAAAUAAAGUUUACCCAGUUCUCAAACACAGUUUUGUGUAUUGGAUGACAGCCACUGUGUUUAUGCUGGAAUUUCUUCCAAAAUAUGCUUGAAUAAAGGAUGCACAGCUGAAAAUAUGUGAUUCUCACAAGAAAGAGCAUCAGUAAAUAUUGACAAAGGAUGUAAUACAGAAGCUACUGUCUCCAAGAUUGCAAUUUGAUGAUCUGCUAAUGAAGUAAAACCCUGAUAAAAGUCCAUCAAUUGCUGUUUACCUUUGAUAUUUUUGAAGUCAGCAAGUCAUCUACAAGUGUUUAUUUGUCAUUCUAGAAGAAUAAUUAUAAACAACUGUGGCCAUGAGAUACAAUUUUCAUUGUUAAAGUGUAUGUAAGAGCUGAAGACAGAGAUGAAAGUUAUAGUGUUUGACACACUGCAUUUGGUUUAAAAAAAAUCAUAAUGAGUUCAGAUGAAGACUUUAAUGAAAAUUGUGGCAAAAAUGGACAAAACAAUAAUCGCAAGAGAAGGUUAAUAAGAGAUGACUCAGAGUUAGAUGAUGAUGGACUUGAGAAUGGCAAUUUUUCUAGUGGUCAUAGUAAUGAAGACUUGGCCCUAGUUAGAAAAAAGAAAACUCGAGUUCUUGAGGAAUCGGAUAAUGAUGAUGAUAGUCAUAUUGCAAAAAAAAGACAAAACUGUGAUACAGAAGAAUCAGUAGCGUCUGAGGACUCAGAUGAAAAUGUCAACAGUACUGCUGAAUCAGAAUCAGAAAAUGACUCGGAUGAUGAGGAAGAUGAAGAAUCUGAAGAAGAUGAUUUUGAAGAAGAAAAUGAGUGUGAAAAUGCUCAUGAAACUGAAGUUUCGAUGGCUGAAACAUCUGCAUCCAGAGUUCUGAAUGAAAUAGAAACUGAUAGUGAUGAAAGUGAUGGACAGUCAGAAAUGUGUCCUGUAUGUUUAAACAAAUUCCGUGGGCAAGAAAUUGGAACUCCAGAAAGCUGUGACCAUUCUUUCUGUUUAGAGUGUUUACUUGAAUGGUCCCGGAAUGUCAACACCUGCCCAAUAGACAGACAGCGAUUCAGUCUCAUUUUUGUUCGUCUUGAGUUUGGUGGAAAAAUUUGCAAGCGGCUACAAGUAGAAAACAUGUUUCAUGAGGACGAUGAGCAGCAAGCUGAGGACAACACAUACUGUGAGAUUUGUGGUAUGGCCGAUCGUGAAGACAGACUAUUAUUGUGUGAUGCUUGUGAUUUUGGAUAUCAUUGUGAAUGUUUAGAUCCCCCAUUAGAAGAAGUUCCUGUUGAGGAAUGGUUUUGUCCAGAUUGUUUGCCAACUGUAGAAGCUAACCAUCAGUCUUCAAUGCCCCAGGAGGUUUUGGAUGAUUUUCGAGAAAUGCUGAGUAGUAACUUUAGGCCAGGUGCUGCUGUGUUUAGAAGAGUUAUACCUCGUACAAGAGCCAGUGAAAAUGUCCGUUCUCGUAUUCAGAGAAGAAGGAUUGCAAGAGAAUCAGCUGAUGAAAAUGAAAGAGUUCCAACAAUUCAGACACCAUCAUCAUCAGUGCCUAGAAGGAAGAAAAAAAUAGUACGUAGAAAAUCAAGGAAGAUAAAAACAAGGAAAAGGAGAAGAAAGACAACUAAGAAAGUUAAGACAAACACUAUAAAAAAGAAAAGCACAACUAAAAGAAGAAGAAAAAGGAAGAAGAAAAGAAAAACCAGACGAUCAAAGGCAGCUUCAAGGCCUCUUGCAGCACCUUUGACUGUGAAGAAAAGAAUUGCUGAAAAACUCGGCCUAAUGAAGCCUCCUGUAGGUCAGACACUACCAGUAAUAAAACGCCAAGGUCCUUCACGAACAAUUCACUCAAUACGUAGUGAUAUAGGAAUCUCAGCACUUUCGUUAUUUGGUGAUAGAGAUGAAUUAGAUGUUGUAAAUGAAAGUUUUGAGGAAGAAAAUGGGGAUGUUUGUAUAGUGAGACCACACAGAAGCCUUCAAGCUAAGGCUCAUGCAAAAGAAAUCCUAUCUAGAGCAUCUCUGUCUUCAAGGAAAAAUGUGCCUACUGUGCCUUCAUCUGAAAAUCUUCAGAACUUUGACCUUCUAGGCUCCAUUCUUCAAACACAGUCUCUUUUGCAUUCUAGCUCCCAAGAUGUUAGGAUUAAUAAGGAUGGAACUUUGAAAUCUAGGUAUAGUUCAUUGACUUUAAAAAGCCCAAAUGGUAGUAUACAGAAAAGACCACAAGAUCCAACCUCCCAGAGUACUAGCUCUAAAGAAACUUCAACACAAGGGUAUUCUAAAAGCAGUAAUAUAAGUCAGGAAAACAUUAGUGCUUUCACAGGGGAAAGUAUUUGUACCUUUAGUAGCUGUGAACCAUCAAGGACUUCAAAAGAUAACUCUUGUGAUCAUAGUCCUUCUAGACCGACAGAUGGGCAGUGUAGUUCAUUUCAUAGUCAUCAUCGCAAAGAGAAACAUAAACAUUCUCAUAAGAAUGAAAAAAAACAUCUCCAGAUAGAAGAAGAUGUGGAUAUAUAUAGUGACAUUGAAUCUUUAGGGGAAGAUGCACUGAUGAUGGAUGAAGAAAGUACUGAUCAUCAGUUUUCUUUGCCAAGCUGUGCUAAUUUUCAUAUUAAUUCUCAUAUAGGUAACCUUGAAGAAGGUAGUGACUCAAGUGAAAAUGAGCUGGUUAUUGAUGAGGAUGUCAAAGAUGAGGAUCACAAUUACAGUGAUGAUGAGAAUGUCCACAUUACCAAUUUUGGUGGACAUUUGUCAUCAGAGAAUGUGAAUGAUGAGUAUAAUAAAGAUAAAAAUGUAAUGCAAGAAAUUGUUGAAAAAGAAAAGUUAGAAGAAGCUUUGAAUGUUUCUUUUUAUAACCCAUCUAAAGAUAAUAGGGAGAAAAAUAAAGACUUAGACAGUGCUAAAAAUGCUGAAAAAGGUGAAAGUGGAGACCAAACCUGGGAAGAAGGUAGGAAUGAAGAAAAUCAAGAAAAUAGAUUGUCAAAACAAGUUGAAUAUAUAUCUCAUAAAAUGGAUAAAAGAGAAAUUUGUUUUGGUGAUGAACAAGGGACUUCAUCUGAAACAAAUGCAGAAUGUAUUGGUGUAAAUAUAUGUGAAAAUGAUAGAGCUGCUGAGAAUCAGCUUAUAAUGGAGCCUAGAGAAGGUAUGGAAUAUCUUGUGGAAGGAAAAUCAGAAGAGGAUGAGGAAGUUGAAGAACAAGAGGACAACGAUGAAGAAACGGAAGAUAUGGAUGAAACUGAAAAAAUAGAGACUGAUGAUGAUCAAGAGAAUGAGAAAGAAGCAGAAGGCUUGAAUGAAAUGGAGAGUACAGUAUAUAAUGAUUAUCAAGAGCAGAAUGAUGAAGGUACUGAAUACAUAGAUGAAGCUGAAAAUGUAGACUAUGAUGUUACUGAAGAACAAGAGGAGGAGGAAGAAGUAGUAGGAGACGUAGAUAAAAAUGUAGUGUGUGAAGAUAUUGAGGAACAAGAAGAUGAGGAGGAGAAGAAAAAAGAAGCAGAAGACAUAGAUGAAAAUGUAAAGUGUGGGGAUAUUCAGGAACAAGAGGAUGAAGAAGCAACAGUAGCAGACAUGGAUGAAGAUGAAAAUGUAGAGAAUGAGGAUAUCCAAGAGGAUGAAGAAGCAACAGUAGCAGACAUGGAUGAAGAUGAAAAUGUAGAGAAUGAGGAUAUCCAAGAGGAUGAGGAAGCAGCAGCAGCAGAAGACAUUGAUGAAGAUGAAAAUGUAACUAAUGAUAAUAUUGAAGAAGAAAUGAAAAAGGAUUCAGAAGACAUGGAUGAAAAUAAAAAUGUAUAUGAUUAUGAUGUUGAAGAGCAUAAUAUCGAGGAGCAAAACAAGCAUGACAAUUUAGAAUCAUUUGAUGCUGAAACUAUGGAAGAAGAAUUAGAAAAAACUACAAGAACUGAGACAAAUAGAUCAGAGAAAGAAAACAGUGCACAACAGGAGAUGUAUCAUAGUGAGCAACACCAUGUUAUGCACCAGCUAGGCAAUUCAAAUGAAAAUGCUAAAUUUCCCCACCAGAUAAGUUUAAACUUAGCAGGAGAAGUGGAGGACAUUUCAGAAGAUGAAAAUGAAAUGGUUUGCGAGGAAGGUGAUGUCAGUAAUGACUGUAAUAAAAAUAUUAAUAUUUCAUAUAAGUUUAGUAAAGAAGGCUACAGUGAACAAGAUGAUGUUGAGAAGAAUGUGGCUUUACUAUUUGCUGAAGAAGAAACAAAUAGAAGGGCCUGUAGAAAACUGGAAUCCAAGUCAAGGAAGAAGCAUAAGACCAGUUGUAAAUCACAUCAUAUCCAUCUAGAUGAUGAAGCAGAAGAGGGUGAAAUUGUUGAAGAUACUCCGAUCAAGAGAUAUUCAGAAAGACAGAAACACAGUUCCCGGCACAAGGAACAAGAAGAAAUUGAAGACUUAACAGACAUGGCUCCUCGAAUCAAUGUAUCAGAACUUCCAAGAAUUCCUAAAAUUAAAAAUGUUGAAAUGGAUUUAUCUGUAGAACAUUGCACUGAGAGCAAAAGAACCAGCGUUUUAGAAAGAAUAGAUGCUGGUUGUUCUGACAUCAGCUGGAAAAAACUCUCAAAGAGUUCUAAAGAUAGAAUUUACAGAGACAGAAAACCAAAAGAUGAAAAGUUACUCUAUCAGCGUGAAAUAAAAGGCAAUAAAGAAGGAAAUAAAUCAUACAAGUUAGAGUUGGACCGAUGGAAACAAGAUGGGUGGAGUAGAGAAGGUAGUAAAUAUCAAAAACUGGAUAAAAUUCAGAAAUCAGAAACAGAUCGAUGGAAGCAGGAUGACAAGAGUAAAGAGGGAACCAAAGCACAAAAGUCAGAUUCUGACCGUUGGAAACAGGAUGAUAAGUACAAAAGAACAGGAAGUGAUCGAGUUAAAGAGAGAUCAGAAAUUGACUUGUGGAAGGAAAAGACUGAUGUAGAAGUGCCUGAUUAUAGUCGUUUUUCUAAAGAGAAGAAAGUUGAAAGACACUUGGAAAAACCUUAUGAUAAAAAUAAUGAAAGAAGAGAGUGGAGAACAGAUAAAAAUUAUGAUAAAAACAUUGAUAAGCAUGAUAAGAUGUACAAAGAAAGACAUAAAACUAAAGAUCAUAAAGAGGAAAGCAGUAGGAGUAAAGAAAAAGAAAAGCACAGAAGGCAUUCUCAUGAACACAUAUCUGAAAAAAGUCGCGAACGAGAAUGUCGAAAAGAAGAAAAAGUGAAAAUCUUUACCGAAAAACAUGAAGGGCGCAAAGAAAAAACUGAUAAACAUGAAAAAAGACAUCACGAUAAAGGCCAUCGUCAUCAUGAUCAUAAAAAGCGAAAAAACAGGGCAGUAAGUCCUUAUUCUGAUGUAACAUCCCUUGAUGCCAAAGAAAUAUAUGCAAAAGGUGAUAGUAUUAUUAUUAAUGUUAAUUUUAACAGGAAUACUCUAAAAGAGUGUGAAGUUGAUGAAUGUAGGGAAGAUAAAACAGACAGUCAGUCUGAUAUUAAGUUCCUCAAAUCUACAAGUUUAACUGAAAACAAUGCAAAUCAGAAAAAUACAAGUUAUAAUAAUCAAAAUAACAUUCUUGAAGAAAAUACUGUUAAGCAGAGGUCAAAAACUCUUAAGUUCAGUGAAGAUAUUUGGGAAGUUACACCAACGGAAAUCCCACUUGAUGAAGAUUUCCAGUUGGAAAAAGAUACCAUUACCAUAAUGAGUGAUGAUGGUUUGAAGUUUGAAAGUUUUGGUUUUGAAAAUAGAAAUUCUUCUGACAGUGAAGCUGAAGUUGACUGCCAUAAAAGAAAUGUGGAACAAAAUCUUGAUGCAAAUUUAGAAUCUAGUGGGAAAGAAAACAUUCUGUCAAUCAGUUAUGAUGAAAGCAAUAUUCAUACAAAGAAGAAAAACCAAUCAAGAACAACUUUUCCACACUCACCAUCAUAUCCAUUCCCUGUUGAAAGUGAUAGCUAUGACCCUUGUGAACCAACUAAGAGUCCAACUUCACACCAUGAAGCUUCCUACAUAGUAAAAUCUGUUGAUAUACCUUCCAUGCAGGAUGAAAAACCAAAACCACCUCCAUCACCAGAAUUGCCACCACUCCCAACAGAACCAGAACCAGAGGAACCACCACUACCAGAAGAUUCUGUGACUUGUUUAAAUUUCAAGAAUUCAGAGAACAGCAUAUCAGUCAGUUCUGUCAUACCCACUUCUUUUUCAUCAUCUUCUGUUGCCACACCUCAUAUUUCUCGGUCUCCAACAUUUAGUGCCCCUCAGGGAGCUUCAGUGAUCCUACCAAACCUUAGAGUCCCUCCUCCAAACUUUGUGCCCCAGAAUGUACAUAGUAAUUCUUCUGCAAACAAUGGGAAUCUCCUAAAUUCUGGUGGACUCCCAUCAUUAAAUCAACAUGUUGGAACAGCACCUCCACAUAUGAUGUUUACCGCUUCACAUUUACAGAAUGUAAUGCAAGGGGGAAUAUUUUCCACACAACAUCCACCAUCCAAUAUAUCAUCAGCAAAUGUGCCAGGUGCUUCUCACCUUGGUACUGGUUUACCACCACCAAAUGCUUUACCUGUUUUCUCCCAAGUUAGGUCACAAAAUGUAGGAGUCAACAUUACCUUACCUUCCAGUGUGAUAAUGACCAAUGUUCCACCUCCUAAUAUAGGGUUACUUCCACAGAUGUCUCUGCCCAACCUUAGGCAACCUCCACCUCCACUUCCUGCUUCUGUUCAAGGCCAAAUGUAUUCACAGAGUAAGAGUAUUGUUUCCCAAGGACAGAUUUACUCACAAAGCCAAGGUAUUGUAUCCCAAGGUCAAAUAUACUCACAGAGCCAAGGUAUUGUAUCCAUGACUCAGACAAAACCAGUAGCAUCAGUUAUUGCUGCAUUGUUACCCAGAGUAUCAGCUGCCCAAGUUACUAAGCAACAGCCCCAGGAGGAUGUAACAGACGUUGUAGACAUGGAUGUUGAAUCACCAUAUUCUCCUGAUUCACCUGUCGAUUCUCCAUUGUUAGAACUUGAUGAAAAAACUAUUUCUGUUUCUCAGAACAAUUCUGUUUCCGUGGCAAAAGAUAGUUUUGAAUCUUUAAUUUCCUCGGAAAAAGUGACAUCAUCUCAUGGUAAAAGAAGUCAUGAGUCAUCAAAAAGCAAAAUUGGGAAAUCAAAAAAUGGAGAUCAUCAGAGUUUACAGUCAGUUGAAUUUCAGCGAUCAUUAGAAAGCCAUUCUAGGCAGGAAGUUGCUUCACACAUCUCCAAAAAACCAAAGCAAGACUGUAGAUCUGAAAUCAGCAAGCAUAAACACUGUAUAAGAUUUGAUGUUAUUGAUAGAUCUAAAUUAAGCAGCUCCGUAACCAAUAGAAAGGAUGAUAAAAAAGGAGUAAUGAUGAAAAUGGAUGAAACCCAGUUAAAAAUUCUGGAUGAAUUGCCCAGUUCAGCAGUGGAAAUGCAAGUUAAAGAAAAGUUCCUCAAAAAACUUAAUCGUCAGGAACGGGUUGUGGAGGAAGUGAAGCUUGCUGUAAAACCCUAUUACAAUAGAAAAGAAAUUACCAAGGAUGAAUAUAAAGAAAUUCUUAGGAAGUCCGUUCCAAAGAUAUGUCAUAAUAAAUCGGGAGAAAUCAACCCUGUCAAAAUCAAAGCUUUAGUGGAGGGAUAUGUGAAGAAGUUCAAAUACCAGAGAAGAAAGUCAAUGUCAGGGACAAAAUUUGGGAAAACAUCUUGAAAAUCAUUGUAUAUAUAUAUAUGUAAUAUAUAUAAGUUUGAAAUACAACGGUCAAUUAAAAAUAUCCUAAGACCAAAAAUAUUUGCACAGAUAAAGGCAUGACAAUUUUUAUUGUUUUUGAAUUAACCCUUGGAUGGUGUAAAAACUUUGCAGAAUGUGUAAAAAUGUAUCUGUGUUGUUGGUGAAUGACACAGUUGUAUAUAGUGUUUUAUUUUUUAACUUCAGGGUUAUUAGAGCAGUGUAUACUUGAAUGGUACUGAACAUACAGUAUCACUUGGAAGCGAAGGGUUGUAAUAGUGAAUGAUCAUCAUACAUCUUUUGCUGGGCUGAGGCUUUUUACCAACUUCAAGAAUAGUCUCUAGACCUGUAUUUAAGUAGACAGUUUGGGGUUCUGGCAAGAAUACAGUUAAGUAACUUGUUAUAAUCAGUGGUAUCAGCAGAGGAAGGAAAAGGGAAACAUGAAUUAGAGUAUCAUGAAGAAAUAUGUACUUUGAGAAUUAGCCUUUGACCUGUAAUUAAGUAGAAGAAAAAGAGAGAGAAACAUGAAGGAAAAUAUCUCUGAAAAGAUUUGUUCAGUAUGGUCAAUGAUACAGAUCAGUUCAAUGUAGGCAUGAGAGAGAGGAGAAAAAAACAAUUUGACCAUAUGAAGAUAAAAAUGAAAAACACCAAUGAAAGUUAAUUUGAAUAAUUGAUUAUGACAUAAUAAAUGAUUUUGAGAAGUCUACUUAUAUGCAGCUACUUUUUUAAAGUAUUUUUUAUGUUUGUUUGUUAUGAAACAUAACAUGUCAUGAUAUCAAGAGUAUUGAGACUUUACCACAAGAUGGAUAUUUGCAACAGUGGAUUAAAAGGAUUGUUUGGAUGAUUUUUAUUCAUUUUAUUAUUAAGAAAGUGUUUAGAGCUCAUAAUGCAGUGUUAAAGGCUCAUUUGUGAUUUCACUUUAGAAGUACAUGCCUAAUUAUUCUCCUCUUUAAAAUAGCAAGUAUUUAUAUUUAAUCCAAUCUCUUGCUGAAAUUGUAUUUUAUAGUUAGUUCACAAAAAACAGGUUAUUUUUGUUUAAUUUUUGCUGUAAGCAAUUAAUUAGGGAGAGAGAUCCAGAAUUACUUCUUUGGUUAUUUUCAAAAAGUAAGCGUUUUGAAGAGUAUCAUUUUAGAAACUAAAGAUUGUACACACACCGAAAAAAUUUUUCACUUCGCCAUAUGAGAAAAAAUUAUUUUCAAAAUUCUUUGCUGGAGAUAAAAGAUAAUGAAUGCACCCCAGUUUUGGGAAGCAAAUUUAACUAAAUAGUAGAAGCUUUUUAAUCUGUACACCCUAACUAUCUAGCAUUUUAUAUUUGAUCCAAUAUUUUAAGCAAUCUAACUAACAUGUUAAAAUGUGUCACUUGAAAGUAAAAUGGUCUUGAUCUAUUUACUAUAUUUUGUAAAGUUCAAAGAAAAGUGUGCUUAAUUUAACUAAUGAGGUAUAAGUACUACUGCUUUGCAGGUUAACCCACUUGUUGACUUUAAAUCAAUGGUAUUGCUAGUUACAAUUCAAUAUUUGUUUUGGGUACAUCUUCCUUUUUCACUAUAAGUACAGACGUGCUAUAAUACCUAUUCAAAAUAAGAAUAAAAGACUGGUUUUGUAACUUGAUGGUCAACAACACCCCCCAAAUCACUCAUAUUUAUCUGUCUGGAUGACUGAAGUACCAUGGCAUUUGUAAAACAUUUCUAGUUUUUGUGAUACGGUCUCAUUACAUACAAUUUUAUAACUACUGGAGUUCAACAAGCAGUUUGCGUUAUUUCACACAUAACUCAGCAGUAUCAUUUGACAGCUUGUGCUUCAUAAGGACAGACAGAAAUUGUGUUAAACGAUGUUUCCAAUUGUUAAAUUUCAUAUUUAGUUUGAUAUAGAAUAGGAAACGUUUUCUAUAAGCUUUAAUUUUAAAAUAUCUCUGAUAUAAAUUUAACCAGAGUACAAUUAAGUGUGGGCAAGAUAGGAAUGAGACUUGUUUAAUAAUAAAAUAUAUAGACAUUUGAAGAUAUACCGGUGUUUACAGUAAGAAUCAGCUUGUGUAUAUAAUUGUUCUUAGUUGGCUAAAGUAUAAAAUUGUGAUAUCAGUUUUCAUGCUAUUGCUGAAAUAACGAAAACGUAUUACAGAAAAAAAAGGAGAUUCCAACUAAAAGCUUUAAGCAGUGUGCUAGUUAUAGUUUAUAAAGUUUUAAGGGACCACUGCGUUAUUGUAUUUCCUUGGGUAACGGUGUUAAACUGUAGUGUGGAAAGUGCAUUGUUAUAUAGAAGUAUUUGUACUAACAGUGGUAUUUUUUGAUCAAUUAAAUGAACUGUGUUGAAUCAGUGUUUUUAAUGAUGGUCUCAAAUAAAUGUUUUUUUUUAUAUAUGUUGUUAUACAAAUAAUAAAUAGGCAGUAAACUCUGUUUGAUUCUAGUUUGAAAACCAGUGGUUGUCUUUACAGCUGAUAAAAAGAAGAAUGACGAUUAAUAUUAACUGAAUAUUUAAAUAUCCUUUACUUGAGGUAAUUUUUGUAAACAUAAUUAUGCCUCAGUAGUAAAAAGUAACUUAUAUUUGAUCGACGGAUGUCACCAUCUUCGCGUUUGUUCUUAUGAAUUCUUUCUAUCUUGUUAAAGUGAUUAGUAAAAAAUGUAUAUAUUUAAAAGAAACAAGCAUAUUUGUUUACCAGUGACAUCAAGUUACAAAACCUCUUAGGGAAAUGUAAAAGUUCGUAAUGGAUGUCACCGCCUUUUUUUUUUUUAUGCAGUUCUGCUGAUGAAAUCUGAUAACUGUAUUGCUUGCUGUAUUAUGCCAGAUAAAAGUAUUAUGCAGUGUUUACUCAUAACAAAUAUAUCGGUAAGAAAAAAUAUCAAAAGAUUUCCGUGAAUGUGAAAUGAAAAUAGUAGAAAAAGUACGAAUCGAAGUUUUGCAUAAGGGACACCGUAUGAAAAAAAGAAAACCGUUAUUCCCUCCCAUUGUUUCAUCUUGAACAAGAUAACUUCGUUGUGUCAAGCUUUGAACAAAAUGCUGUUUGGCACAUUCUAAAGUUAGACUGUUGACAACGUGAUUAAAGUAGUGUCAUGAAAACAAUGUAAACAAUAAGUAGAUACUAUAGCACUGCCGUGGGAAUAACUUUCUUUUAGAUAAAAACAACUUUUGAAUAUGAGUCACUAAUGAGCCUGGAUGUUGCACUUUGUAUUCAUCAUUUAUUAUUUUUUGUGUAACAGCCUCAUGCCCUAAUUCACAUAUGUACAUGUGAAAGCAAGAUUUUGUAAACUAUUAAACCUUAUUAAACUUGUCAUUUCCCAUUA